AUGACCAGUACAAGUGCGUGCGACCGCUGUGCCAAAACAGUGAAACCGGACGAAGACCACAUCGAAUGUAUGGGGUUCUGCGACCAAGUGUAUCAUGUGAGAUGCAUUAACUUGAACUUGCCGUUCGUCAGGAUUCUUCGCGAGAAAAUCAAUUUGUUCUGGAUGUGUGAUGAAUGUAGCAAGUUGAUGAAGUACGCCCGAUUCAGAAACACUGUUUCAUCCCUCGGUAACGUAAUUUCGACGGUGAUAGGUAGUCAGCUGACCGGCUUAUCCGAGCUGAAAACCGAAAUGGCCAAAAACAACAAUCAGGUCGCUCAACUCACUCACAUAGUUAAUGCUGCUACCCCAGGUACAUCUGCUAGACCGAAUCAUGAUCGCCUCUCAAAACGCCGUCGAGGUGAUACGGAAACACCGACUAAACCGACUACUGGAACAAGAGUCAUUGGAACUAGCGAUACGCUCGCUGUCAAUGCUCCAUCAAGCCUGUUUUGGGUUUACCUUUCCCGGUUUCACCCCAGUGUUAAGAGAGAUGUGGUUGAGAAACUUGUUCGUGAUGGACUGCGAACGACUGAACCAGUUAAAGUCGUCUCUUUAGUGAAAAAAGCCACCGACCCACUAUCGAUGAACUUCAUUUCCUACAAGGUCGGCAUUCCAAUGAAACUAAAAGAGAACGCUUUGAACCCUGAAACUUGGCCACAGGGGAUUGUAUACAGAGAAUUCGAGGAUACUCAGGUGAAAAACAAUGUGUGGCUACCUCCUGAUAUCCCAGCACUCCCUGCUGUUCCAGAGACUAUUCCGGGUGGCUCUCCAACGGGCACACCGUUUGGGACACCAGCACCUCUCGAUAUGCCAGUCCCUUUAGGUACACCCAGUAUAACAGUCACCCCUUAA